CAUUGUGUAAGUCUAGUAUGGGGGAAGGGGGGGAGGCGCUCCACACAGCAUCCUCCUGCUCGUGUACACCACUCGACUGACGCCACCACGUGCACGGCAGCAUCAUACAUUCAUCUCGCACAGGAAACCUCUAAUGGUUGUAUUCCUACAUGGUGAGAAUAGGAUAGAGCGAGAAAUAGUAUGUGAUGGCUGUUCAUAGAUCUGGCACUGUAAAUUGUGAACAACCAUCAAGGAAAAAAACCCUGCAUACGAGGUCUGCUAGUGUUCUUCCCAAUAAAUCGGAUACUCAGAUAAAUCCAAACAUGAAAAAGGAACUCUCACGUAUAAGAACUCGGGGAGAUACUGAAAAUAUGGCUGUUGCAACUAAUGAAGAAUCAAAAAGAAAAUCAAGAUCGCAGAGUAAAGAACAAAAAUCUAAACCAUCGUUAGUUACAAACGAGAUUACAAGUAAACAAAAUUCUGUAAGAAAUAGAAGAAAGCCAAAAUCCGAAAAGGAAUUGCAUGGUGACAAAAAUGUAAAGGUAGACUAUCAUAAUAAAGAUUUUGAGGAUGAUAAUUUGGAUUUUACAGUAAUAGAACAAAAGAUAUUUGAAGGAUUCCCCUUGGGAGCAAAUUCUAGAAGAGGACAAUCCUCAACAAGAGGGAAAACUAAAAAGGAAAUUGAAAAAAAAUUAUCAGCAUCUUCUGAGAAAAAGAAAAGUUUUAUUAAUCCAAGCAAAGAAAAUGCUGCUCAUGAAAAAAAGAAUGUUGCAAACAAAAGCAGCCCAAAUCCCCCAACAACAAUUAAUAAAAAAGGUGGAAAGAAUACAUUACCCAAAUCAAAACAAUCAAAACCUAAAGCUAUAGAUAAAGAAAAAACUCGUACACCAAAUAAGGAUACAAGAAAGAAAAGUGGUGCAAAGUCGAAAAAGAAGUCAUCCAUUACAGCUUCAGAUUCUGAUAUGAGUGACUGGGAGGAAGUAGAUGAAAUGGAAGGAGUUGAUGAAACUGUGGAGCUGCUCUCUGGGUCUCACUCGACUCAAUCAAAACCCGAGGGGGUCCAGAUUGAGCUUGAUGCCCCAGAUGUCCUGUGGGGUGUACGCAAGAGAAAGAAGCGAACUCAUGAGGAGAUGAUUGAAGACUACUUGCGGAAGAAAGUUAAUCGAUCCAUUAAAGAAGUUCACGAAAAUAUGCAUAAAGUACAUCUUCUAUGCCUCUUUGCUCAUGGGAGGUAUGUUAACAAGCUUUUGAACUCUGAUGAACUUCUUGGUGUUGCCCUCUCCAUUAUUACUGACAAGAAUAACUACCCACCCAAGAGACUGGAUAUCAAUUACCUGGAAAAGUUUGUUGGUUGGUUUUCAAGGAAAGUUCAAGUAAAACCCGAGGAUGUGGAGGAGAAUUAUUGGCAUCGUCCACUGAAGAAAACGUUGGCGCUGAGGUUUGAGAAAAAAAAGGCAUGUUUAGAUCAAGAACUUGUGUAUAUGUUUAUUCUGAUUUUCCGUGCUCUUGGAGUAAAUGCACGUUUGGUAUUGUCCCUCCAGCCAAUGAGCUGGAAACCAAGUGCUGAGAAUUUAAUUAAGCCACCAAAAAAAGAAGAGAAAAAUGUAUUCCAAGCACCAUCUUGUUCUUGGGAUGCUAAAAGCUCUAUUGACAAUGUUAAGAUAAACUGUAGUAGGGCAAAAGGAGAUAAUUCUAAUAAGAAAAUGUUAUCGUCUGAUUCUGAAACUGAAGUUCAAAGAAACAAGUCUGGACAUGCAAAGAAAACAAAUAAGAAAGAAAAUCAUAUUGAGAAAAGAAAAUCUCUCAGUGAUGAUGGGGGAGAUAGUGACUUUGAUCCCAACCCUGUUAAGGUUAAGAAAGGACCAAAAUCGCUAACUGAAAGGCGUAGAAGUUCAAACAAGAGAAGAAGCUCUGAGGCAAAUGAAACCACAGAUAAGGGAAAGAAAUGUGGAAAAGAUGAAGCAAUGAAGACUAAAAGAAGUAAGGGUGAUCCUCUGAUUGAAUGGGCAGAAGUUUAUGUAGAAGAGGAGGAGAAAUGGGUGUGUGUCGACGUUAUAAGAGGCAAAAUUCAUUGUAUAGCGCAUAUUGAGGCACGUAUGCCAGCUGGAUCAGGAUAUAUCACCGCCUACAAUGCCAAUCUGACAGUGAAGGAUGUAACACGGCGUUAUAUUUCAAGUUGGCUCUCCAAUGAAAAUAAAAUUCGGUGUUGUAGUAAAUGGUGGGAGAAGACGCUAAGGCCUUUUACGGGACAAAGGACUCGACUAGAUAAAGUGGAGGAUAAGGAAAUGGACCAAAAUCUUCGUGAACAGCCUCUGCCAAGAAGCAUUGGGGAGUACAAAAACCAUCCGUUAUAUGCUUUGCAACGCCACCUUCUAAAGUUUGAGGCAAUUUAUCCGCCUGAUGUCUCUCCUGUUGGAUUUUUCAAGAAUGAACCGGUUUAUCCACGUGAUAGCAUUUACAAUUUACAUUCUCGGGACACCUGGAUGAAGGAGGCCAAGUCAGUGAGAGUUGAUGAAGAACCAUACAAGGUUGUAAAAGCACGGCCAAAAUGGGAUAGGAUUGGCUGCAAACUGAUCAAAGAUCUGCCACUAGAACUGUUUGGAGAGUGGCAGGUGGAAGAUUAUGAGCCUCCAGUGGCUGCAGGAGGAAAAGUACCUCGCAAUGAAUAUGGGAAUGUGGAACUAUUCAAAGCAAGAAUGCUACCCAAGGGCUGUGUACAUAUUCCAAUUGCCGGCCUCAAUCGUGUAGCUCGCAAGCUGAAUAUUGACUGUGCUCCAGCAAUGGUAGGAUUUGAUUUUCACUCUGGCUGGACUCAUCCUGUCUAUGAAGGCUAUGUAAUUUGUGAAGAGUUCAAAGACAUCCUAAUGGACGCUUGGAAUGAGGAACAAAAAGAGCAAGCUAGAAGGUUAGAAGAAAAGAGGCAGAAAAGAAUUUAUGACAAUUGGAAGAGGCUGAUUCAAGGAAUUUUGGUGAAGGAAAGAGUAAGGGAAAAAUAUGGAACUGGUUCUCAAUCUGAUGAAGAGGAAGAGGAGAAAAUAGUCAAAGAAAAGAUGGAAGAGAAGAAAAAAUCCACAAAAAGAAAGAUUACACAAGAGGAUAUUGCUGCUGCUAAGCCUCUCAUUACACACACAAUUAGAAACCUUAGAAUAGAUUUGAGUUCCAACGUUGUGGAGAUGGCCAGGAAGAGUAGAAACAGAACAAUGAAGACAAAAAAUUGUGUAAAGAGAGAUUUUACCAAGAACAAAACAAACAAGGAUUCUAUGACAGACUUAGUUGGCACCGACAAGGAAAGUGAAUCGGAUAAUGAGCAAAAGAAAGAAAAAAUCAGAGCUAUUCUCCAAUGGGGAAAUAAAACUGUGAUGCAUAAUCCAGAUCUUAGUGAUGACAGUGAUAUGGAGAACGAUUCUCAGCCCUCUUCUUCAAAGAGUCCUAUUAAAUUUUCUGAUUCAUUUUAUAAUUCCAAAAUUAAAACCAGCAUCAGAAAACAAGGCAAGCCCAAAAGCAAAUCCAAAAGCGUAACUAUAGAAUCUGAAAGUCAAAAUCCAUCGGAUUCUGAAUGCGAGACAGCUGUAUCAUCUAGCCGUUCAACUACUCCUGAACCUGAUGCAAGAAAAGUUAGCAAGCUGGCCUUGAGAAGAACGUCUCGCAGGUCCACAAAGAAAAAUAUUAAAACUUACAAAGAGAGUGAGCAGGAAAGUGAGGGUGACAUUUCAAUUGACGAGAGUGAUUGUGACGAUAAAUCGUAUGAUCCUAAGAAAGAAAUGAAAAGAGCAGAUGAGCAGGUCUUAAAUUUAAGUGAAGGGAGUGAGAGUAGCUAAUGUUUUAUUUUAUACAAUGAAAAAUUUACUGUAUAUAUUGAAUAUAAUAAGAAUUUAAAUUUAAGUUAAAGUAACAAUUUUAUUAAUUAUUUUUUAUUAAUGUUCUGUGUAAAUUGCCCCCCCCCCCCCCCCCCCCAUCCUCUCCCCUCUUGUUGUUUAUUAUGAGCAGUUUAGCAUCUUUUUCUUUGCCAAAGAAGCUGUAAGGAUUCUUCUCAAUCCAAAAAAAGAUGCCAUUUUCAUGGUUCAAGUUUUCUAGAGCCCAGGACCCGGAUUCAUAAAGCAGUUACGCAAACACUUACAAACCUGUACACCUUUCCUCAAUCUUUGACGACUUUGGUUACAUUUAUUAAACUUGGAAGUUUUCAUGCUUGUAAACUGUUUAAUAAAUGUAAUCAAAGCCGUCAAAGAUUGAGGAAAGGUGUACAGGUUCGUAAGUGCUUGCGUAACUGCUUUAUAAAUCCAGGAUCAGGUGAAUGGAAUGGCAUGUAACUGCAUUACAGGAUGCACAUGUACAGUACUGCCAGACUUUGAAUCAUUUUUAGAGAAUGUCUACAAGAUUUAAUCUUUUAUUAGACUAUUUAGGCUAGGUAUGUUUAAAUAGAUUGUGAUAAAAUCACUUGCAUUAUUGUAGUAGAGUUGAAUAUAUUUGUUUACUUUUAUCUCAAA